CCUGAGACGGAGUCACAUUGUCAUCACAGAGGGAGCCUCAGCGCGUAAUGCAAAACAUGGCACUCAAGCAGAGAUUCUCGAAGGACCAUUCGCGAGCCCAACAUGUAAAUAAUGUUGCAGGUAAAAGCUCAAAAGCGAAACCUAAAUUCAGCAAAUUGAAUGGAACCACUAAUAAAGGUUCCGCUUUGUCUGAUGUAUUCACUGGAAGAAUGGUGCUUAUACUGUUUAUUGCAUGCCUGGUUGGAAUCCUCAACAGUGCUCAUGUGUCUUCCAUGUUUGAAAACGACCGCUUCUUUUCGCAUCUAUCGGACAUGGAACGAGAAAUGACCUUCAGAACAGAGAUGGGUCUUUAUUAUUCAUAUUAUAAGACCAUCAUAGAAGCACCAUCAUUCAUUGAUGGUCUAUUGUCAACUAUGAGAGAUAACAUUACUGAGUUUCCUGAUACAAUCAAUGUUUUAAAACGUUUUAACCUUUACCCAGAGGUAUUUUUAGGUCUGGGGUUCAGGUCGUUUGACAGCAUCACUAAGUGGAUGGGAAUUGCAACUAAACAGUGCUUUAGAGUUAACCGGGGACAUGAUUUACCCCCAGUUGCAAACUGUGAAGGUAUUGGAGACCCAGCAUAUUUCUACAUUAGUGCAAUUUUCUUUGAGCAAGGUGUAAUGAUGGCUCUAUUUUUCUUGUUUGGUGUUUACCUCAGCAAUGAUAUACUUGGUGGCAUUCUCACUGUCAUGGCAGUCUUCUUCAAUCAUGGCGAGUGUACACGUGUCCAAUGGACACCACCGUUGCGUGAAAGCUUUGCGUAUCCGGUGUUUGUGCUUGAGAUGUUACUAGUGACGUAUUGCCUGAGAUCUGCUGAAUCUAAUUGGAAGCACGUAACAGCAAUUGCAUCCGCCAUCGUUGCUUUUAUGCUUCCUUGGCAAUUCGCCCAGUUCGCUUUAAUGACACAGAUUGUUGCUGUGUUUGGUACCUACACUUUUGGAUAUAUUGACACCCAGAAGAUGAAAUGUAUUUUAAAAGCACACACGCUUGGUUUGUUUAUAAGUUUUGUGUUCCUGUUUGGAAAUGAGAUGCUCUUUACUUCAUUUUACGCUGCAGCAUUAUUGAGUAUCUGGGUUGUAAUUAUGUUGGAAGCAGUCUUCAAGAAAUUACCACACUUUAUUCUUAUCUUUAUUGGACAAGUUAGCUUGUUGCUUGUUGGCACGUUAGGAUUCAAGUUUUUGUUAGCAAGGCUGUUAUCAGUGACAGAUGAUGCUCAUAUUGGAAACUUAUUCAAGUCCAAGUUUACUGGCUACAAGGAUUUCCACACAAUGCUAUACACAUGUGCUGCAGAGUUUGACUUUUUAGAAUUCAAAACAGUAUCGAAGCUAACAUAUACUUUACUAAUACCAAGUGCCAUCAUAGUUAUUAUUGCUGUCCUCUACCAUCUUGUUGUACUGGAGUACAACAUUUGGCAGACCUGCAUAUCUAAGGAAAAAGAUGAAGACAGCUCCAAGGAAACACUACUACCGCCCAUUACAAGACCAAAGCCCCAUGCAGAACUGCUUUACCAUAUCUUUCAACUUGGUGCCUUUACAAUAAUGGCUUUCAUAAUCAUGAGGUUGAAACUCUUCUUCACUCCGCAUCUCUGUUUGAUGUGCUCACUAUUUGCUUCAAAGCAGUUAUUUGGUUUUAUUGGGAGCCGUACGCAACACUACUCCUUUGUAGUCAUGCUCAUCUUUUUGAUGGGUAUCUCAGGCAUAUCACAGCUGCAGUCACAGUGGGACAUCAAAGGGGAAUUUAGCAAUGCACCCCAAGAAGAACUGCUUAAUUGGAUCAUGGCUAGCACACCAAAGGAUGCUGUGUUUGCAGGUCCUAUGCCUACCAUGGCUUCUGCAAAAUUGUCCACAGGAAGGUGUAUUGUCAAUCAUCCCCAUUACGAAGAUGCAGGCUUAAGGUGA